ACCUCACCGACGACUGCUACCUGGUGGGUACUAGUGUAUUGUGGGGGGGUGCCUGACCCCGGCGCGCGCGGCGGCCGCCAGGAGGGACGCGAGUCCGGGGCGGCGGCUGCUGCUCGACCUGGCCUGCACCAACCUCACCGACGACUGCUACCUGGUGGGUACUAGUGUAUUGUGGGGGGGUGCCUGACCCCGGCGCGCGCGGCGGCCGCCAGGAGGGACGCGAGUCCGGGGCGGCGGCUGCUGCUCGACCUGGCCUACACCAACCUCACCGACGACUGCUACCUGGUGGGUACUAGUGUAUUGUGGGGGGGUGCCUGACCCCGGCGCGCGCGGCGGCCGCCAGGAGGGACGCGAGUCCGGGGCGGCGGCUGCUGCUCGACCUGGCCUGCACCAACCUCACCGACGACUGCUACCUGGUGGGUACUAGUGUAUUGUGGGGGGGUGCCUGACCCCGGCGCGCGCGGCGGCCGCCAGGAGGGAAGCGAGUCCGGGGCGGCGGCUGCUGCUCGACCUGGCCUACACCAACCUCACCGACGACUGCUACCUGGUGGGUACUAGUGUAUUGUGGGGGGGUGCCUGACCCCGGCGCGCGCGGCGGCCGCCAGGAGGGACGCGAGUCCGGGGCGGCGGCUGCUGCUCGACCUGGCCUGCACCAACCUCACCGACGACUGCUACCUGGAAGAAGUCAAAGACCAAUACGAUGAGAUGAAGACGGAGUAUGAAGACUUGACAGUAGUGCUAAAUUAAAAACACUGGACUUAUACGAACCCGCCCCCAAGACUUAUUGGUACGUGCCUGGAUAUGAUCCCACCGUCCGUACAACUUCUGUAAUAUGGACGGACGUGGUGAAAUGGGUCCUAGUUGCUUGCAUAGCGCAUGGGGAGCUCAAAUUUUACAUACAAUGAAUGCCACUUCUGCGGCGUCUGCCCCCGCCUAGGUCUCCGAUAUCAACUUGCCUCCACCUCGUUCACUGUUUGGCUACGCCCUUGACGGCCUGGCGUGCUGCGUUGGUGGUGCAAUAAAUAUAUGAAAAUAUUAAAUGUCAAAUUCAUCCACGAUUUGUUUCAUUAUAAAUAAAUUUUAUGUCGUUUUAUUGGUAGAGUCAUGCAUGUAUGUCUGUCUGUCACCAGGCUGUAUCUCAUGAACCGUGAUGACAGUUGAAAAUCUCACAGAUGAUGUAUUUCUGUUGCCGCUAUAACAACAAAUACUAAAAAAGUACGGAACCCUCGGUGGGUGAGUCCGACUCGCACUUGUCCGGCUUUUAGUAAGGCAUGUCUCCACAUCGCGCGGCGGUCGCGCGAGCAUUGUUAGGCCGUGGCAAAUGGCCUGAUAAAGUGUAGAUGUAAUUGGCACUAGAUUCAAAUACAUCCAGACUUCCCGAUAUCGGACCCGAAGUCAGUUCCGAUCCGGUGUCGGGCUGAAAUGUAAAAAAAUUAUAGACAAAGUAUUUUUUACUUUAGUAUGUUCAUCUGGACACCUCAAGGUAUAACUACCAAUUUACAAAACUAGAAAUUCUAUAGAACUUUUCUAUACGAAAUUAUUUCUUUGAACUACUACAGAGUAUAAAUAAAAUGAGGGCGAUACAAAACGCAACCCAACUGCUGUCAUGUGUCAAAUACGAAUUGACUUGAGCUUGAGAGAAUUAAUUAUAUGUGAACGUCAAUCAUGUGAAAACGAUAAAUAUUUAAUACGAAUCUAAUUAAGUUUAUGAGACAAAAUGAAUCACGACGUCAUAAAAGCGGUGGUGCAAGAGAAGUUCCUGUCUAGCGAAAGAGUUACAGCGUUUUUAUGCGAUGCCAAAGUGUUGCAGCCGGAAUGGGUAAACAAGGACAGAAUAUUAGCUAUCGUCGAGUACGGAGACGAGAAGGCGGUGUUCUGCCUGUACACGUCGUGCUACCCACCUAAAUCUUUCACGGAUUUAUCUAUAGAAGUCGUAUUACCCAUAGACAGCAGCUUCAAAUGCGAAAUAGAUAACAAACCUUCUGACCCUGAAGCAGUACUGUACCUGAAUCUCCAGUCUCGUAGUAAUAAGUACAAGUUUGAGAUCGAAAUGACACCGCGCGUCGAUAACUUCGUCGAUGACCUCUUUAGAGGAAUCGAAGCUGUGAACAAGCUGCCCAGGCAGCCGGAGUUUGUCUGGCUUAAAAAGUAUAGUGGAAAAAAUGAUGAGGAUAUCAUCGCUGAGAGUAUGGUGGUUCCUCGACAUAACGUCGCGCAUACGCUUAAUUCUGCGCCUGUUGCCAUCCGAGAAAGCUUAAUCAAGAGGAGGAUGUCUGACAAGGAAUCAGACUACACAUUUACUAAACAAUUUACUGUGUUUUGUGGAACUUGGAAUGUUAAUGAUAAAGCUCCUGUGAUUCCCUUGAAGGGAUGGCUGAGCGUGGACAGGGAGCCUCCGGACCUGUAUGCUGUGGGUUUCCAAGAGCUUGAUCUGUCUAAAGAAACAUUUCUCUUUGAUCAGACGCUCAGAGAAGAUGAGUGGUAUGCAGCCGUAUUAAACUAUGUUGAUCCAAGAGCUAAGUAUGUAAAAGUUGAAAAGGUGAGACUUGUGGGCAUGUUGCUGAUCAUCCUUAUAAAGGAAAAAUAUAUACAUCAUGUCAGGAAUGUUGUGUGUGACACAGUGGGAACCGGUAUCAUGGGAAAGAUGGGUAACAAGGGAGGAGUCGCUAUUAGAUUUGAUCUACACAGUACCUCCUUGUGCUUUGUGAACUCCCAUUUAGCUGCACAUGUGGAAGAAUAUGAGAGGAGGAACCAGGACUUCAGGGACAUCUGCAAUAGGAUGAGGUUCUCGCAGCCAAACCAGCAAGCAAAAGCUAUCAAAGAUCAUGAUCAUAUCUACUGGUUAGGUGAUCUAAACUAUCGAAUUACUGAACUAGAUCCAACAAGUGUGAAAAAGAUGGUGGAUGAAUGGAACUUCACCACAGUCCUUGAGUUUGAUCAACUGAAACAACAACACAAAAACAAUCAGGUGUUUGUAGGAUAUACAGAGGGUACUAUCAAUUUCAAGCCCACUUACAAAUAUGAUCCUGGGACUGAUAACUGGGACUCCAGUGAAAAAAACAGAGCUCCCGCCUGGUGCGAUAGAAUAUUCUGGAGAGGAGAGAAUGUGACUCAACUGGAAUACCGAAGCCACCCGGCUCUCAACAUCAGUGACCACAAACCUGUGUCUGCUAUAUUUAACUCUUUUAUUAAAAUUAUUAACGAGGAAAAAUACAAAAAAGUGUAUGAGGAAGUUAUUAAACAACUAGACAAACUCGAAAAUGAACUCAUCCCACAGGUAAAAGUUGACCAGACUGAAAUUGACUUUGACACAGUCAGAUACCUAGAGCUCCAAGUACGAACCAUAACUAUAACUAAUAUAGGGAAGCUGCCUGUGGAAUUUGAAUUCAUUAAAAAGUUGGAUGAGACAAGCUUCUGUAAAGACUGGCUGAUAGUGGAACCUUAUAAAAAAUGCAUUUGUGCAGAUGAGGCAUGUGAAAUUCAACUUAAAGUACUUAUAAAUAAGACUUCAGCUUGCAAAAUGAAUGCAGGGACUGAUAAAUUGUAUGAUAUCUUGGUGUUGCACUUGUAUGGCGGGAAAGAUAUCUUUAUUACAAUCAAUGGGACAUAUCAGAGGAGCUGUUUUGGUUGUUCCAUAGAAGUCCUUGUGAACCUGAACAUGCCCAUACGUGAGGUGCCUUUGGGUAGACUGAUUGAGCUUGAAAACAAGAGGGAUCAAUGUGUUUCUAACCAGUCAACAUAUUCAAUACCGAAAGAAAUCUGGUUUUUAGUUGAUCACAUAUACUUGCAUGGCUUGAAAGAACCAAACCUGUUUGAGCAGCCUGGUUUACACAGUGAGGUGCUACAGAUCAGGGAUUGGCUGGACAGUGGUUCCGUGGAUCCUAUUCCGGGCAGUAUCCACUCUGUAGCAGAAGCACUACUAUUACUACUAGAGAGCACUGCAGAUCCAAUUAUCCCAUACAAUCUACAAGCGGCCAGUCUCCGAGCUUCCCCAAACUAUUUACAAUGCAAGCAGAUAAUUCUUGAGUUACCUGAAUUUAGAAAAAAUGUUUUCUUGUACUUGUGUGAAUUUUUACAAGAAGCACUUCAACACAGCGCCGAUAACGGUUUGGACUCAAAGACGCUAUCAACUUUGUUUGGAGCAAUAUUUCUAAGAGACAAUCCAAACCAAACGCAGGAGCCUCAGUCGAGGAUAAACAAGCAAAUCAUUGACAAGAAGAAGGCCCAAUUUGUUUACCAUUUUUUGGUAAAUGACCACAGUGACUUAAUAUUUUCUAGAUAAUUUCUCUGUUUCCCUUGAGAGCAUAUGGCGCCAAAUCAUAAGGAUAUGACACUAAGCAGAAUAAUGAUACAAUCCCAUUUCUUGGCCAUGUAUCUAUCAAGAAACUUACUGGUUUAUGUAUUUUUGCAAAUAAUUAUUUUUGCCUUAUUAGGCGCAAGCGAAGCUUGAAUUCCCCCGAUUUUUAUUUAUCAAGAAUAGCAAUAUCGGACACCAAAGAUCCGUAUGCCGCUCUAGUGUGCGAACGAGACAUAGCUAUAUAUGGCCGUAGCGCUGUCUUGCUCACACCGGAGCAGCGCGCUGAUCCACAUCAGUGAGGUAAUCGCGUUAAAUAGUUGACGCAGUAUUUCAUGUUGUGUAUGAAAAACACAUGAUUGUUAUUUUAACAGCCCAUUUGGCCACGUUCAUAUGCGAUUAAUUAAUUAAUUGGAUUGAAUUGAAAGUAAUUGCUCUAGUUGUGUUGAUACAUUGCAAUGUGGGACUAGCCAUUUACACAAUAAUCCGCCAUUUUCAUUAUUUCAGUGAUACGAUAACUACUCUAACACGUAUUAUAAAAAAUGUAUUCUCAAGUUCUGAGGGUUUAAUGCGAGCCACUUCGUUCGUUCGUUCGUCUAUUUGCCUCUCUAUCACUCUAGCAUAUAUGGAACCUGCAUUGGAUUGUAAGCAACAGUGUAGGGUUAGCACAGGAGUAUCUAGCCUGCGAGAUAAGACUACCCGUCCCUCUCUGAUUGAUACAAUUAGAAAAAGACAGGUAGUCAAUCUCGCAGAUACCGUCGCGGCGCUCCUGUACUAGUGGAAUGCUCUUAUUCAUUGACAUAUAUCUCUGGCGAGGAAAAUGUGCACGCCGCCUGAGGCACAUCUACACUGGUCGUAUUGUGCGUGAACAAAUUGCCUCGCGCGUAUGCUCGCUCAGUGUGGACUGGCUAUUGAAUCGAAUUCAUGUGCGUGACACUGCUGUACUGGGGGCCUACCGCGAAAACCGAAAUCGCAAAUUGCGGGGAUCUUUCUAUUUUACUCUAACUACAACGAAAUUAGAGUGACAGAGAAAAAUGCCCGCAAUUGGAGUAUGAUUAUUGUUUCGAGAUAAAUUCACAAUAUAUAUGACCAACUAUUUGUGGCGCUUUUCCGUGCUCUUGAGUUAUACAGGUAUUCAAGGAGAACAGGACAUUUUGAUAGUGUUAUAUUUUAAAUUAUAACUAGUAUUAGGAAUAUCCUUUUUCAUGUGAUUCAUUUUAUUUAUUCAAAUACUCAACAUGUUUCCAUUAUUCUUUAGAAUAUUAAUUUAUUUUUGUAAUUAGGAAUAGUAUUUAACUUUAAGAAGUAAAUUUAACAUGUACCUAAACAUUAAUCGAUGUCGCUAGGCGAUUUACUAAAAUUAUGUUCUUAAAGCAAAAAUGCAUUUUUUAUACAAAUAAUUUCUUAACACAAUGUGGUAAUAGUACAUUACGAUACAAGUGCGAAAAAUAGGAAAUUCAAAACAAGUGGCGAUAAAUUAAAACACGACCGAAGGGAGUGUUUUAAAUCGACACGAGUUGCGAAUUACCUAUUCGCACAUGUAUCGUACAACGUUUUACAGUACAUAUGGCCAUUUAAAUGUUCGAUACAGCAACGUAAUAUGCUCAUUUUCGCACUAGUGCGGUAAAGUAGCACCAUAUGUACUGUAAAGAAUAUUUUGUAAUAAAAUUUUUGUAUUAAUUAAGGGUUCUUAACUUCUUAGAAAACAUCAAAACAGUAUGAACAUUCUUUAUAGAGUCUGGGCUAUAGCCCCGAAAAUCGAAGUUUGUCAAUUGCGGGCAUUUUUCUCUGCCACUCUAAUUACGUCUUAGUGAGAGUAAAAGAGAAAGAUCCCCGCAAUUUGCGAAUUUCGGUUUUCGCGGUAGGCCCCUGUGCGGAAAGAGAAGAGUCGUAGAAUAUAUGGGAUCCCUUACAUUCUGGGACUCUUCUCUUUCCGCACAAACUAUUAUAUAAACAUCACACCAGCAUUUCAUAUCUGAAAAAUACUUUAUAUCACAAACUUAUUAAUGCAAAUUAAAUGUAAUGCAAUAAUGACAUUAAUCUGUUAGGCGCUAUAUCUAAAUGUCUAUCUUACUCAAAUCAUUUUAGUUUACUUGUCAACUAUAUUUGUCCGCAAGAUUAUGGGUUAAUUUAGACCCAAUAGGAGCGUGCUUGGCCCAACACCUAAUAAUAAAAUUUAGUUCGCAACAAACUUAAUAAAGUGUAAACUAAGACAAGUUACUAAAAAAUAUCGACAGAUGGCGCUAGUAGUUGUACCCAAUACCCAAUUAUUUUAUUAAUUGGUAUUUGCUAUAUUUAUUUAUACGGCCUUCAUAACAUGUAUAAUGUAUAUGUAUAAUUGUAUACUUUAAAUUGUAAUUACUUUUGUUGAUGAAUACUUUUCAGUAUUUUCCAUUAAUAAACCCUUUGGUUUAGGGCUGUUUCCCAAAAUAAAAAUUGUUGAUAACCCAUUGAAGGACUCGUUUAGCAUCGAUAGUUUUAAAUAGCAAAUUUUCUUUAUCUAUAUUUAAAUUUUCUACGCGUCUAUAGGACCACAUUUUUGCGUCAACGGCAUGAAAUGUACGGGCCCUGGUGAUUUAGUACAUUGACAAAUUAAUUUAAUAGUCAUCUGUAGCAUGUACAUAUUUAAGGGUCAAUAUUGUUUGACUAUUAGUUUGUGUUAACUUAACUCUUGUAUUUAGUAAGUUUUUGUACAUAUUAUUUUUAAUAUCCUUAAUCUAUUUUAUGAUAUUUCUUCUAUGACAAUUUUCGAAUAAUUUAUAGGAAUAAUUUACAAACUUGGUGAUAUAAUAUAAGCAGGUGUCCAAAAUUGGAACUAACGCUGUACCAUACAAAUGUUACAUUCUCCAUUGAUAGCAGCGCCACAGACGCCUGCAAAUAGGAACCUACAACGAAUGUAGUCAAUAAAUUAUUACCUAAAAUUGUUUUUGUAUUGUAUCUUAUCGUUGUUCUGUAUACGUUUGUUACUUUAAGAGCAUAAUUUAUUUGUAUUUAUCUCAUUUUCCUAUGAUUGUCUUAAAAACUAUAAAAGCUGUGACGCUGAUAAAGACAUUUUCCUACAUAGUUUGAGUUAGCUAUUGCAAAAUUGACAUGUUCUAAAUCUGACCAUAGUAUUGAGCCUCAGAAAAGUACGUCCAGACAGGAAGUAGGGUCAAGGCGGGAACAGUGGCUCAGCGCCCAAAUACCGCUGUACACUGUAACACCCUUACGUGUUAGAAUAACCAUUGCUCGACCAUUUGAAUUUGUUCGAUUAACUGAUUGUUUCUGUUGUAAGCAAGAAUGCAAAUAUAUAGCCUCUCUCAUUUUGGAAUUAGGUUGAGUGAGCCACUGUACCCUCCUUGAUACUACCGAAUGCAGGUGUGUGCUACGUAAACUCAGGAAUCAUCAUCAUCAUCACUAAUGUGAUGAUUCAUUACAUCAGCUAGACUUCUGUCGAUUUCAUUACAAAAAAUAUUUAAUUUUGAUCGAAUAUCAUAUGAGUACCUUGAAAUAUAUAAGACUUUUUGACUCGUUAUUUGUACUUAUGAAAUAGACGGAAAACUGGCCCCGGAAAAUGGUACAUUAUAUGAUAAAAGAGAGCAACGACAUCCACCACCGAUAAAUAGCUGCCAGAUCCGUAUCCAGUAAUAAGGAUAGUAUACCUAAUAGGGUGUCCCUUAUUUAACGAUUUUCAGAAAUUAAUAACGCAUACCCCCUAAAUCGGUUUAUUUUAUCCCAAAACGCUGUGAAAAUAAAUUUCAGGUCAUUCCUGUAACUGCAACCCGUGCCAACUUUCAUGCGAUUUUCCCAUACAAUGUAUGAAAAUUACCAUUUUUUUUUUCUUUUCAUAAGAUUUUAUAAAAUAAAUGGCCUAUUUGGCCCCCUCCCUCCCUAAUCAGAGAGGCGAGCAGGGAGGGAGGGGACCAAAGAGGCCAUUUAUUUUAUAAGUAUAGGCUUAGGUCAUAGUUUUAGUUUUUUUUUGUAACAUAUGGACCCUGUGUAACAGUGUUGUAAGUAAGUAAGUAAAUAUUCUUUAUUGCACCAACAAUUAUACAUUUUACAUACAUGUAAAACUACAAAUGAAUUUUAAAGGAAAAUAGAACCAGGUAACAACAGGCGGUCUUAUCGCUAAAGAGCGAUCUCUUCCAGACAACCUUUAGGUAGCAGGAAAUUUCGAACUUUUUUUUUGUUGUCUGAAAUAAAUGAUUUUUAUGUUUUUAUUUUAUUUUAUUUAUAACUAUUUUCUUAUCAAUUGCGUAUACUACUGCCGUAUAAUCAUAAUUUGACAAAAAAUCUCGAUGCGAACAGAAAACCAAUAAAAAAAUUAUCAAAUUACUGUCUGACCAAAUUUCUCCAUAGUAAUUAGUAUGGGAAUUUUAGUUGCAAGUCGGCACAGGUUCCUGUUACAGGAAUGCCCUGAAAUUUAUUUUCAGAGUGUCUUGGGAUAAAAUAAACUGAAUUAGGAGGUAUGCGUUAUUAAUUUCUGAAAAUCGUUAAAUAAGGGACACCCUAAUACCUAACCUGACUAACCGUUACGUUCUCACGUUUCGUCACUCUCAUUUUCAUGUAGGUAUAUACACUCGAUCGCAAAAUUAUGAAUUCAUUCGUAAUGGGUCCAGGAUGCAAUUUUGCAGCUCGCCGUACCAUUUAUCGGGGCUACCUCUUAGACUAAAGAGGAAACUGCCUGUGGGUAUAUCUCCCUUUUUACUUAGUGUAGUUAGAAAGGGACAAUGUAUAAACAAGAAGCCAUAAACUAUAUUCGGACCUAAAAUUACUUAAUGUGGAAACAUAAACAAGUUAUGUGUUUUUUUACAGAGGAAGUAGGCUUAGGCUGGCCAGUAGAGUAAAGCUUAUAAGUAGUUCUCUAUGGAAUUUCAUAGAGAAAUAAGUAAGCAUAUAGUGCUCACUCCAUACAGCAGUUUUCUUAUCAACACGCUUAUUAUUCUCGUAGAUGUCGAUCUAGCGUCAAGUAGCGGAUUUAUCAUGGUACUUGACGAUAGAAGUCGCGACGAACGAAAAGUCUAAUGCUCAACAAUUUUGAGCUAAUAAUAUAACAUUUACAGUACAUAUGGUGCUACUUUACCGCACUAGUGCGAAAAUUAGCAUUUUACGUUACUAUGUCGAACAUUUACGUUUAGUCAAUUUGUGUAAUAAUGUCCUAUAAUAUUUAUUUAUUUUAUUUAUUUAAAAGGCCAUAUGUACUGCAAAACGUUGUACGAUACAUGUGCGAAUAGGUAAUUCGCAACUCGUGUCCAUUUAAAACACCCCCUUCGGUCGUGUUUUAAUUUAUCGCCACUCGUUUCGAAUUUCCUAUUUUUCGCACUUGUAUCGUAAUAUACUAUUAUAGCUCCGCUAAAAUAAUAAGCGUUUUGGUAACAAAACGUAUGUAUGGAGUGAGCACUCGGUGCUUAAUUAUUUUAUUUAUCUAAGUAUGGUAAUGUUGAAUGUAAUAGAAUUUGAAACGUAUACCAUCUUAAUCCAUUAAUUUAUACGAAUGCCAAAUAAUUAUCUAAUUGUGUAAUCAGUAAAAUGCACCAAGUUACUUAUUAUAAACUGUACUAUUUUAACAACGUAUACUAUUA